ACACAAGCAUACAAAUACACACACACACACACACAUCCUCUUGCCUUCCCUCUCUCUUCUUCUCCUCAUAUCCACCGGCAACUGUGCUGAGCAGGCUCCCUCACCAGCCUGUGGAUGCCUCCACUUGACUAAUUAGCCUCGAAGUGCUGUUGAAGAUCAUCAUAUUUAUCUUAGCGACCUAGCGGCAGAGUGCAGACGGAUACAGACUAAGCUGGCUGGAGGCAGGGUGCCUGGCACUGGGAAAGCUUUCUAUCUCUCUCUAUUCACACUCAGUGCCGAGGGCUUCUCAGUGGCAGAGCGGCGGAAGUGAGGGGCGGUCUUGCUUUGAAAGAGGCAAGAAGGGGAAAAGAGAAAGAAGCGGAGCUGAGACUACAACGAAACCACAGAAUGGGAGUCCACAGCAGGAGCAAAUCCUCCUAGAGACGGAGACUCUGAGGAGCCAGGCGCUGGUCACUGUGCAGCAUACAAAGAUUUAAGAUGAUUGACAGCCGGCAGGCGGCACAGAGGAGGGCAAUGAGGAGUCUCCCUGCAGACAUAGACCAGCAGAAAACCAGCACCUACAUCGUACCCUGCUUCCUCCUUGUAGAGCUGGUCAUCAUGGCAGGGACCGUUCUGUUGGCGUACUACUUUGAGUACACAGACACAUUCCCGGUGCACAUUCAGGGUUUCUUCUGUUUUGACAAAGCCUACUCCAAGCCGUACCCAGGACCAGAGGACAACAGCAAGGCGCCGCCUGUCCUCGUCUACUCCCUCGUCACCGCCAUCCCCACUGUGACGAUUCUGAUCGGAGAAGUGACCAGUUUUUUUGUGAAGACUGAAGGAGCUCAGGAGAAAACCAUAGUGACCGCAGACUGCUGUUAUUUCAACCCUCUCCUCCGUAGGAUUGUGCGAUUUCUGGGUGUCUACUCCUUUGGCCUCUUCACCACCACCAUCUUUGCCAAUGCAGGACAAGUGGUGACAGGAAACCAGACGCCUCAUUUCCUGUCUGCCUGCAAGCCAAACUACACAGCUCUUGGCUGCCAGUCUCCACUGCAGUACAUAAUAGAGCACCGCGCCUGCACUGGAAACCCAUACCUGGUGGUUUCUGCCCGCAAAUCCUUCCCCUCCAAAGAUGCAGCACUCAGCUUUUAUUCAGCCAUCUACACAGUGAUGUACAUCACCCUGGUGUUCAGGACCAAAGGGACCCGACUGAUGAAGCCCACCUUAUGCCUGGUGAUGCUGUCUCUGGCUGUGCUUGUCGGGGUGGUGAGGGUGACUGAACACAGGAACCACUGGAAUGACAUCCUGGCUGGAUUUGUUACGGGAGGGGCCAUCGCUGGCUUCCUGGUGUCAUGUGUGAUCAACAAUUUUCAGCCAACACAAAUAGCAGUGCCCAUGCCUCCACCUCCUCAACGUCCAGAACCCCCCAUUGGGCUGCCUCUGCUCUCCCUGCCCCGCGUGGAGAGUCCACUCGAAAAGUUAAGUGGCCUCCAGGCUCCAGGGCUACCAUAUUCUGAGAUCACAUGACCAUCAGCCAAUUCCGCCCCCCGCCCCUCCAGAUGUGCUCCUCCCUUCACGGCGCUGCCUCACCAGCGCAGUCUAGACCUGCCCUCUGAAUGUCCCACGCCCUGCCCGGCCCACCCAGAAGGAAGAAAGCCUCUCAGACGAGUCAAAUCCACCCAGGUCUGAAGGUUCACUAAUCACAGGAGACAAACCAGCAACACAUGAACAUUGCUAACUCAGCACAAGAAACUUGUGAUCUGCUGUCCUGUUUGUCCUUCAAGAUGGCCUUCCUUUUUUUGGGUGUAACACACUCAAUCAAAGACUCACCAAAGCCAGAGGUGUUAAAGCAAUACUGUGCCACAUUUCCUAGUCCUGAUUUCCACAAAGACUCAACAGUGACUCUAAAGACUGUUGCUGGCUAUGACUUGAUAUUCCAAAUCAAAUAAAAAUAAAUCAGCAGAGCUGGGAAUUUUGGGAUCAGAGAAAAUCCCAGUCACAAGUGGAUUGUCCUUUACACCAUUUUGCGACACUCAGGACAAUUUCAUGGAAAUAAGCAAAGGACAGGAAUAACAACAGAGACAUUUAUGUCACCAGAAUGCAGGUACUGUUGAGUAGCUAUUACAGGCUCAACACUAAAAAGAAAUGCUGUCAAAGAGGAAAGCACUUUUGUAAAUUAUGGCACAGUUGAACGAGUUUAGUGUUCAGUAAGCUGUGUUGUACCUUUUUGUUUGUUUUGUCUUGAUUUCUAAUGUGGGAAGUAGUAGAAGAGAUAUUUAUACACACUACAGCUCCUUGUUUGGGGGGCAAAUUUGAUUGAUUGAUCCCUGAAGUAAACUGAAUUGGAUUUUCCCCAACUUUCCAAAUAUCUUUACUGCUGACUAUUCAGGUGUGUGUUACAAAUGUCUGUAGGUUCGUUGUCUAUGCUGUGAAAUAUAUGGAAGGUGUUAUAAUUUCACUUUCUGUUUAUUUCCAUGUGGAAGUCUUAGUGUAAGUUUGCAGAAAACUCCUUCUCUUCUAGUUCCUUAGCCACUUCCGUACAUUGUCAUUUUUUUUCUUCAAAGUACAUUUAUCUAAAUAGUUCAGGACACAAAUAUGUGGUUUCUUACAUUUUUAUCAGCUGAUGUGUCCAAAGCCAAUGCUUUAUAUCUGUCCUCUCCAGUUGUUCACCAUUUUCCCCAGCUUUUGUCCAGCAUUGUUUCAUCAUACUGACUCUAUUAAAGGCACAGACCGAGGUGUAACACAGAUGAGACUUCUCUGUAUUUUGUAUAGUUUUGUACAGUGCAUAGGUUUCUUUACACAUGAUAUACCAUGUAUGGUUAAACGGUGUGAACAAUGAAAAAUUACCUGAAGUUGUCCUCUAAGAACAUGAGUAGUAUCCUGAUCUGAAGUGGGAAUGUAGCGCAGUGGAGAAGUGUGUGAAAUCUAACAGCAUACCGUCAGUGUGUUUGGCAAACAACUUGCUUGGUUCUGCUCAGUUCAAAAGGACACUGCAGAUGGGUUAUACUGAUGUAUGAAAUGGGUUAUUUAAAGGAGACGUUGUUAUGGUUUUAUUAGGCGCGCGUGUGUGUGUUUACUAGGACUGUGUAUGUUUAUAAUGAGCACAUCGUAUGGCAGCAUAACUGCUAAUUUGGCAAUCAUAUUUCUUAAGUUAAACUGUCAAAAGUUGCUGCUAUAAUUACAUACUUGCGCUUGUGUGUAACUACAGGCCCUCAAAGGACCCCUGCCAAGGCGUCCUAAUAAUGCCUGUUAUAGCAGAAGGUGCUCGUUAUAGCCCUGAGAUUACUUUUCAGUAUUUUUUGUAAACAACUGAGGAGAUAAAGAACACCUUAACUGUGCAAAUAAUAUUAUUUUUAUGUUAAAAUGUCUUUGUUUUGUAUUUAUUUACCAAAAUAAAUUGCAAUUAUCACACAUUGCUGAGUGAAUGACA